CGCAGCAGUCCGCCGCGUCCUCGUCGUCCACAACGCACCCCGCGCUCCGUUCCGCACGUACACAGCAUCGAGCGCCUCCCAACUAGGCGCAGCACGCAUACCCCGCCCUUCGCCCUUCUCCGCGAUGAGCUCCUCGGCACCCCCACAAUCCGCGCAUGACCUCGCCCCCUCGCCGCCGACGGCAGCGCACGACGACGUGUGCGGCCACGGCGAGGAGGACGUGGUUGUCAUUCCUGCCGAUGACGAUGUGGGGAAGGUCGCGGGGAGUAAGGGGAUUAUCGCCGUGGACAUGGACGAUGUGUUGUGUAACACCAACGGCACGAUCGUGGAGAUGCACGCCGACCUCUUCCCCGGCCGCGCGACCCCGCCCAUCACGCUCGACGAGUUCCACCACUACCUGUACUGGCACAACCGCGGGUGGGGAGGCAAGGAGGAUACAGUGGACAUGGUUGGCCAACUGUACCGCGCCGGCCUGAUGGAGCGCCCGACGCCCAUCCCCGGCGCCACGGCCGGCCUCCAAGCCCUCAAGGACCUGGGGUACACGCUCAUCAUCAUCACUGCGCGCUCAGAGGUACAGCGCGAGGGCACCGAGCAGUGGAUCGCCGACCACCUGCCUGACCUGUUUGACGAGAUCCACUUCACCGGCGCGUUCAACCACCUCAUCCCGGCCACCAAGGCCGAGCACGAGGGGCACGCGGCGCACCGUACCGUCGUGUCGCACAAGAAGCGAUCAAAGCACGAGGUCAUGAAGCAGACGGGCGCCAAGCUCCUCAUCGACGACAGCAGCGAGAACGCGCUCGCCGCCGCGGCCGCCGACCCGCCAGAGCGCGUGCUCCUCUUCGGCGGGUGGCCGUGGAACGUGGCCAUUGUCCCGCCUGACGGCGAGGGCGCGUCGCACCCCGACGACAAGAAGCUGUACGUCGAGCUCGCGACCGAGAAGGGCGGGCUGGCGGCAGCUGCCGAGCGGCGCGCAGCGCGUAUCAAGCGCGGGUGGCUGCCCAAGGGCGUUGAGCGCGUUGCAGACUGGAACGACGUCGUCGAGUGGGUCAAGAAGUACUACUAGAAUAUACAUGGACUGUGUGGCAGUGG